AUAAUAAAAAUACUAAUAAAUCAAAUUGACCGUUUCCUAAAUAUUGGUCCAUGUCAAUCCAACCGUUGACUUUUUUUUGAUUGGUCAGCAAACGCGGUCUCUGUAGUAUCUAUAUAUACACCACACAUUGCUACAUUCAAGACGUUUUGCAGCUACGUGGAAUUUUAGUAGUGACAUGGAGGAGAAAGCGCGCGAAUGGGGAGGAGGCUUUUUGCCGCCGGAAUCUGGUAUUGCCGAAGGAGGGGUAUCGAUCGUAUUGUUCCGAGGAACGUUAUAUGGAACGGGAGGCCCUUCGUCGUAAUUGCACUUGCCGAUCCACGAUGGAAUAAAAAUUUGAGAGAUCAGAUUGAAGAUGCACACAACAUAGUGGCGCCAUUGGUACUAAGAGACGAGAAUAUUACCAAUAUACCACUAAGAAAGAUUGAAGAUGUACCCAACAUAGUGGCGCCAUUGGUACUAAGAGACGAGAAUAUUACCAAUAUACCCCCACUGAGACAGGCUGCAUCUCCACCAAGGAGGAACCACCGGAGCUCGAGCGCCGCAGCCACAUCUCCGCCCGAGCAAGAGAGAGUGAGGAGGCGGAGCCGCCGCCGCGUCGCAGCGGCGGCAGUGAAAACAACCAACACCACUAAUUACCGUGCAGCUGCGGCGGAGCGGAACCAGAAAAAAGUACCAUCUUACUACCAUGCACCCUCGGCGGCGCAUCGAAGGCAGUUAGACGGAUUCGUUUACGUAUUCCUCUUCGUGGUGGCGUUUUCUUUUUCCGUAUAUCUGCGUUUCUUUUUACGUCUAUAAUUAAUCAUGCUGAAUUUCGUGAUGUGUGUGUAUAUAUUUGGAUCUUCGAUCAAGUUAAUUUGUACGUUUGUAUUAAUGCUUUUGUGCGUGACACUAUUUUGUUGUAAUUAAUAUAUUUUGUAUAUAUAUUUGAUGUU